AACAAACAUAUUUGAAUCGACUAAACUAACGAUAAAAAAUGUAAAAUGCAAUAUCUAACUUAGAUAUUAUUUUCAUAAAAAAUGAAUCAGAAAGUCGGAUGAAACAAGUUUCGGAUUAAAAUAAAGAACUAUCAGUUAAUUUAUUAAAUUUGUGCAAUGAGUUCUGAAGACACUGUGGUGGUCACUGUUCGUCUGAUACGAUCCUUUGAGCACAGGAACAUAAAACACGUGGUCUACCGAGACAUCAGGCUUGACCAGUCAGUUGCUGAAUUCAUUGGCUUUUUGCUAAUUGAUUUGAAAACAAGGCCAGGACUUCCUCCCCCGUUUAAGAACAACAAGUUUGAUACUCUGAAAAUUUCACAUCAGCCUUUUGGAGCCAAGACCUCAGACCCAGUGAUCAACACAGACAAUGAUGAGGGGCUGAUGUUACAGCCUGACAAAACUCUCAGAGAGUCCCACAUAGUCAAUGAAACAGAGCUCUCCUUCUUCAACAUGGAGGAGUAUAGGGCCUAUCAGAAGAACCCUCAUCUAGUGUGGUGAACCCUGAUGCGACACUUGAUGGACAAAUCCAGUGAAAAACAUGCACAUCAGCUGUGCUGUUCAUCCUUACAUGUACAUUCUGAUUGCUUCACUCACGGUCACUAACUCAUUUUCAGACUGGCGAGCAAUUAUUAAGAACAUUCAUCUCCUAAAAAUACUAAUGCGAUUCCAAAUAAAACAAGCUAAUUCGUUGAAUUGAUAUCCCCCGCCAAUAUGCUUCUGGACACAAAAGUGUUAUAUUUGACACUAAAAAAAGCAUUUUUUCAAGAUACAAAGGGCCAUAACUCCAUUAUUAACAGAUGGUGUACAAUGCCAUUUGGCAUGCAUCAUCCUCUUAUCCAUAUAUAUACUCAUAAUAAGUUUCAAUGAAAUCCGCCAAAGCACUUCCAAGAUAUGGCUCCGCACGGACGGAAAGACGUACGGAUGGACAACGCCAAAAAAAUUAUCCCUCCGCCUUUGGGGGGGGAUAAUGAGCACGUAUUGAGCAAUAAUGAGCCUAUGGUCAUUAAAAAAUACAUUGGUAAUUAAUCCUAUGAAAGAAUACUGUAAUUUAUGUGGUUUAAUACCAAUAAUUAAAUUAUCAGCAUUCAUAACAAUAGUUUUCUCUUUCUUUGAGUUUUAGUUCAAGAAUAAUGUUGUUCAAUACAGGGCCAUUGUUGUUUUUAAUUUAAUACAUUAUCAUGAUUAUGCAAAAAUAAGUACAUUGCAUUUACUUUGAAAGAAACAUGGUAAAUAUAUGUACCAUAAUUACUCUUUGUUUUUUGAUACUAACAAGUUUUCUAACACCGUCCUUUUUAGCCAAAAUAAUUAUUUUUUGUAGCUUAAAUUUUUCUGAUGCUCAGAUUUGCCUCGAUCAUGAAUGGUUUUUCGGACAAUGCUAUUUUGGUUUAUCUGUUGACACAUCACACAUGUGCAUUUAAAACUGAAUUAUGGUCAUAAAACCUCUCAGAUGAAUGCAAGAAGUCAGGUGACUGUUACAUUUGCUUUAUUUGUGUAAAUAACAAGGGUGUACUUGAUAUUGAUAAUUUUUACCUUACAGCUCUAUGUGGAUAUUCAGUUAAAAUGAUGGUCGAAAGGAAUCAAGUAUUUUGGCUUCAGUGUGACAUAUAUGUAUAUUUUAUAUUUGUUAUUUGUGAAUAAACUAACAAAUUAUGACAUUAAGGAAAGUAUAUUUAGUAGAAUUUGUGUUAAUUUUAUUAAUUUAAGUUUCAUACAACAGUUCAUAAAUACCAAUCUUUGAACUUGGUGUUCAAAGUUGAACCAUGACGUACAUGUACUAUUUGUCAUUUAGACGUACAUGUACUAUUUUUCAUUUAAACAACUUAAAUAAGUGUUUUUAUUUCAUUACAAACAUUACUGUAAGUAUUUAAUGCUUAACAACGUGGUAUUUACAAGCAUACACUGUUUUUGAUGUUAUACAAUAAUACACAAGAAUAUCAAAAUGUCAAUGCAAUAGAUAUUUCAAGGUGUAUCUAAAUUUGUGGAUACUGACAAAGGGAGGUAUUUUUGUGAAUCUUAAUUUUCGGACGUCAGUUAUUUUCUAAAAAAGUGUUUGAAACCUUGGAGUAAAUGGGGUAUAUGCAUAUAUACCAGUACUAGUGUAUUGUGUGAUUUGGCACAAUUACAGGGUUAUUAUAUCCCUACUUGAAUCACUAUGGAUGGCUGUCUUGUAAUAGACACAAACUACUUGUCCAGCCAAGUAAUCCAACACAUUUCAACCUAAAACAUGAAAACUUGAAUUAAUUGUGCCAUAUGAAAUCAAGUUUGCAGUCCACAAUAUUUAUCAUCAUACUUUAAAAAAUUAUAAAUUAUAUUCCCCUAUUAUUUUUCUGAAAUGUGAUGAUUAUUACAACUUCAAGAUAUUAAGACUUGCACUGCCGAGGUAUUCAUCACUACAAGCUCUAGUUAACAUUUUUUAUCAUUAAAUGAAAAAUGAAUGUAUGAAUAAGCUAUUGUUUUUGUGGUUUUGAUAUCCAUUAUUUUGAUUGUUAUUGUAAAAUAUAAAUUUGUAUUUAUUUGAAUGAUAUUUAUCAUUAAAGAUAAUAAACAUAA